UGUUCGCGCUAGAGAUACGCAUCGCCAUGUCUCUGCACCGCGACCUGCUCGUUCUUCACGUCCUCCUUGCGAGUUUCAUACAAUUUUCAACAUCCAGAGCGGUAAACAUCAGCAACACGUGGGUGCUGCCUGAAGAAGGAUUUCCCGUAUUUUACCGGUAUUUCCGAGAUCGCAUCUCAUGGUACGAAGCCGAUGCCGUUUGUCAAUUCCAUCACAGUUACUUAGUGACCGCCGACAGCAGUUCACAGUAUGACGCCAUACGAGCAUACCUUAAAGAACUGGAUAUUACAGACAAUGUAUGGAUUGGACUUUCGAAAAAUGCUGAGAAACCAAACUUCAUGUGGACGAAUAGUUUACAACCCUUAUCAGGUGAAGGUCACUGGCAGGAAUCCAUCCCCAUCUCAAAAAAUUCUCUAUGUGUAGCCAUGGAUCCUGCAAAGGACUUUUUGUGGAAAUCGUUAACGUGUGGAGGACCUGAAGUUGCUUCGUUUAUUUGUGAAAUGCCAAUUCCUUCGUGGGCGAUGGGUCCCAAAGGAUGUCUGUUGACGGAAUUGCCUUCGUUGACUGUCCUAUACAUCCCCGAACAAUCCUCUCUGGAGUUGACGUCCGACUGCGGUUUGGACGGAACCAAGAGAAUAGCGUGCAAAGGGAAUGCGGAUAGAGAAGAAAUUCUUAAACAACUUACAUGCGCAAUUUUCAACGAAGAUUUCGAUGACAAAUCUACCAAAUUUCUACUUACCACGCCCACUAUUUCCUAUACACAAAGUGAUACUAAAACUACCAAAAUUUGGACCUCCAAUACCAUAGACGUAGAUUACGGAAUGCCAACGAGACACCGAAGAGAAACUGAAGACACGUUAAGUGCUUCGUCUACAGAAAGUACCGGAAAGAUCACACCUACUUUAGAAAUAUCAACAGUAGCAACAACUUACGACACAGAAGUCACUACUAACGCAGUAUCAAAUCUAACAUCGUCUUUGAUUCCCAUCGUCCUGAAUCGCGCAACACAAAAUAUUCCCAUAACAUCUACAUCUACUAAAACCAAAGCAGCAAUAGCGCCCACCAGUACAAUCGGUAGAUCCACGUUACUUACUACAACGGACAAUGUGACACCCAUCAUCGAAACUGCUCAAACCUCUACAACAGUUGAAAGCAUCGCAUCCUCGACUGAUGCCAGAGCAAUUAAAUCUACACCUAAUUCAGUAGAUAAGGAUAUUGUUAUUGAAUACCCAAGUGCCAUUAGUCAAGGACAACUUUUUAGCAUUAUUGAAAAUGGUACUAUGUUUGACAUAAUUGAGCUGAACGAGACAUCUGAUUCAAGACCAAUCCAAACGCAGGAGGUAAUCACUGCCGAAGCAAAAACCUCAAAACCGUCAAACAAACUUCUUCAACUGGAUGAAAAAAAUAACAAAAAUCCUGCUGAUCCCAAAACCAAGCCACUAUCAAAAAAAGACAUUUACAAGAAUGCCGAUCCUAAAAAGAAAAACGUGCAAAAGAAUUCUGAUGAUAAAAUCGGUAAAGUUUUAGAAGCCAAAGAAAUAAGCACAGAUAGUUCAAUCAAAGAUUUUCUUCAGAAACGAGAAGAAAAAGAAACUGUUGCACCGAUUACUGAGGAAAAGAAAAUAGAUAAAGCAGCAUUGAAACUUAUAGAUGUAGAAGAAAACAAAGGACCCACUGAAACUCCAAAAGUAACACAAAAGACAGAAGAUGUAAAAGAGACUGAAAGUAAAGAAAUAGUUGAGAGUAAAGAAGAACUUGACUUAAAUAAACAAGUAGAAAUUUUACCAAUAAAACAAAUAACUGACGAAAUAACUGUUCAAAAACAUGAAAAGGAUAUAGAAAUGAACUUAUCAAAAGAAGAAAACAAAGAAGUUGAACUAAAAGAAAAAUAUAAUAACAAUAAUAAAGAAAGUAUGGAAGAAAUGGACUUGAACAAAGAAAUUGAAAUAUUUCCAGUAAUCCAUGAUAAGUCUCCUCACCUGAACAGAACAUUCAGAAAGGAAUUACCAAUGAUGGCUGACGAACCAUCUUUCGACGAAACCAAGGAAGUGGGAGAUAAUAGACUAGAACUAAUGGAUAUUGACGAAUUUGGUCCAAGAAGUGAUGACACAAACGACACAAAAAUUGACCCAAAUAUCGAUCUUUUGAACAAAAAUAUCACAAAGAAUAACGACAGUGAACUUAUAAGUCACAUAGACAAAGAUGUUUUAAAGAAACAACUGUUGCCAAAACCACUACAAGGUCAAAUAGAAGAUCCAAUUGUUAAAGAAGAAAAACUAACCGAGCAAAAAUCUAUCAAGAAAGAAGAAAAACAACAAGAUUUCAUUAAAACAGACGCUUCAACAGAGGAAAUUUCAGAGAGCGAAGAAAACAGCGACCAUCCUAGACCUAACAGACAAAGACAGUUGACAAGGCCCCACGGUAGGCCUUUUUAUCCAAACUUCUUUAGCAGGGUCUUAGGAUGAACUAAUAAGUAGGCGUUUUAUAUAUAAAAUAUAGUUUGGAGUGACACUCUAGAUUUGUUUGUGGUAUAUUUGUUAUAUCUUAAGAAAUAAGCUGGAGCAAACUUUGAUACAUUUUACUAAAGGUACAUUACAUGUCAAAUCUACUUACUUACUUUACUCCUCUUGAUUCCAUUCGGAACAUAGGGCCUCCAUAGUCCCCCUCCAUUCAUCUCUGUUUCUAGUCAGGGAUGUCACCUCUUUCCAUGUUAACCCGUUGUCUUCUAGCUCUCUGGAAAUAUUUCUUUUCCAGGAUGUCAUUAGUCUGCCUUGUUUUCUUUUUCCAGUUGAUUGGUAAUCCAGGGCUUGUUUGGUUAUAUCAUCUUCAUUUUUCCUUAAUGUGUGUCCAAUAAACUUCCAUUUGCGUCUAUUUAUCGUUUUGGCUAUCGGCUCUUGAUUAGUUUUUCUCCAAAGUUCCUUGUUACUUAUCCAAUUUGGCCAAUAUAUUUGCAAUAUUCGUCUAAGGCAUCUAUUUACAAAUGUUUGAACCUUUUGUAUAAUCGUUUUCUCUAUUUUCCAAGUUUCUGCUGCAUACAGCAAAAUGCUCUUUACAUUUGUAUUAAAUAUCCUGAUUUUGGUUUUGACUGUUAAUUCAUUGGACUCCCAUAUUUUCUUCAGCAUAUAAAACGCAUUCUGGGCUUGGGUUAUCCUUCCAUUAAUAUCCUCUUCUAUUCCACCGCUAGCGUCAAUUAUGCUUCCCAGAUAGCAAAACUUCUGUACAUUGUUUACUUCUUCUCCUUCAAUGAAUAUCCCCAUUUCUCUUUCCGUAUUUAUCUUCGUAAGUUUGGUUUUUCAUAAAAACCAAAACCAAAAACCAUGUCAAAUCACUCAGGCAAAAACUUUUGGAUUUCCGAUUUUUCUGAAACAUGGUGUAUAGCUUCUGCUUAACGUAAAAAUGAGAUAUUUAAGGUCAAAAAUCUUCUUCUUUUUUCUCAAAAUGUUAUUUUAUGCGAUUUUACAGUGAUUUGGUGUCUAUUUAAACAAAUUUGCAUUUUCAACAAAUUUUAUAGUGUAGAAAACGUUAAAAUACCGUUUUUACAUUUUCCUCCUUUCCCAAAAUACAUCAUAAUCGAUUUGGCUGAAAAUUUGCCCACAGAUAGCCAAAACAUAGGAAUUUAAGUGGUUAGAAGGAUUUGAAUUAUAUUACAAUACCAAAAAAGUUACAUGCAAUAAUGUCAGACUUAAAAGUAUAUUAGUCCAGUCGGGAUAGCAUUUGACCUUGCAUGCCGAGCUGCCCAAAAUUUUGUUUUUCUAAUCUUUAGGGGGGUCAGUAGUAGCCUAAAUUUAAAAUCGCGAAUGAAUUCCUCCAUUACGUUAGCCGCCAUCUUGAUUUUAAAGGAGAACCGUUUUUGCUCAAUAUCUUCCAUUUUUUACUUUUCGACAAAAAUGGUAGAAAAGUAGACGCCUAUAUUUUUGACUAUGAUAUUGCAUGUAACUUUUUUUGUAUUGUAAUAUAAUUAAAAUCCUUCUAACCACAUAGAGUCCUAUGUUUUGGCUAUCUGUGAGCAAAUUUUCAGCCAAAUCGAUUAUGAUGUAUUUUGGGAAUGGAGGAAAAUGUAAAAAUUUUAACGUUUUCUACACUAUAUAAUUUGAUCAAAAACUUAUUUUGAAUCAAAAAAACUUGUUAUAAUGCCAUAUAAUGACAUUGUUCAGUCCCUUUUAUUAAAAUAAUGUUUUCCAUUGAUACUUUACGAUAGAAAAUGCAAAUUUGUUUAAAUAAAUACCAAAUCACUGUAAAAUCACUUAAAAUAACAUUUUGAGAAAAAAAGAGAAGAAGACAAUUUGACCUUAAAUGUUUUAUUUCUACAUCCCGCAGAUGCUAUAUACCAAUUUUCAGACAAAUCAGAGAUCCAAAAGUUUUUUUGAUCCAAAAUUGAGUGAUUUGAAAUGGAAUCACCCUAAAGCAUUUACAAUUUUGCUAAUGGUGUAACUAGUUAAGAGGAUCAAGUUAAUUUGAUAACUUAUCUUGUUAUCGGUACCAUUGUCCCUGAAUCAUAUUUUAGGUAUUACUAGCCUUAUUAUUUAACAGGUUGACUGCAGCCUCUUUUUCCCUGCAUUACCAAAAAGUAAUAUGCAUACCACGUGGUACUCAAAUGCAUACCACAUUUGAGUACCAUGUAUGGUAUUCAGUCCAGAAGGUAAGUUGAGGCCACAUUUGGUACUCGGUAUACCUUACAAAACUGCAUGCCUUGUACCUCAGCAGUCACUCGGCUUAUAUAUAGGGUGAGGCAGAUAACUGGCCUAUUAGAAAUAUCUCGAGAACUAAAGGCAACAGAAUCAUGAAAAUUUGAAUAAAGGGGUUUUGAGCGAUGAUCUAUUAAAUGAAAAUAUUUCCAUCUCUUUGCAACUUCCGGUUAUACCUUGGUUUUUUUUAAAUGGAACACCCUGUAUAUUUUUACGUUUUUGGA